AUGUCCCGCCUGCUGCAUGCAGAAGAGUGGGCUGAAGUGAAGGAAUUGGGGGAGCACCCACGCCACCCCCAGCCGCACCACCUCUCGCAACCGCCGCCGCCGCCGCCCCAGCCACCGGCGGCCCUGCAGGCCAGGGAGCACUCCGUCUACCCGGCCGAGCUGUCCCUCCUGGACGGCACGGACCCACGCGCCUGGCUGGCUCCCACGUUGCAGGGCAUCUGCACGGCCCGCGCCGCCCAGUACCUGCUGCAUUCCCCGGAGCUCGGUGCUUCCGAGGCCGCGGCGCCCCGGGACCAGGCGGACGGCCGGGGGGAGCUGGGAAGGAGGAGCGGCGGUGGCGGCGGCAAGAGCCCGGGGCCCGUGAAGGUGCGGGAACAGCUGUGCAAGCUGAAAGGCGGCGUGGUGGUGGACGAGCUGGGCUGCAGCCGCCAGCGCGCCCCUUCCAGCAAGCAGGUGAACGGGGUGCAGAAGCAAAGACGGCUGGCGGCCAACGCCAGGGAGCGGCGCCGGAUGCACGGGCUGAACCACGCCUUCGACCAGCUGCGCAACGUUAUCCCGUCGUUCAACAACGACAAGAAGCUGUCCAAGUACGAGACCCUGCAGAUGGCCCAGAUCUACAUCAACGCCCUGUCCGAGCUGCUGCAGACGCCCAGCGGCGGGGAGCAGCCGCCGCCGCCGCCGCCGCCGCCGCCGCCUCCGACCUCCUGCAAAAGUGACCACCACCACCUCCGCGCCGGCGCCGCCUCCUACGACAGCGGCGCGGGCUCGGCGCCGGCGGCGGGGGCCCCGCCGACCUCGGGAGGGGGCCCGCGGCCCGCCGCGCCCGGGAGUUGCCGGACUCGCUUCUCCGGCCAGGCCUCGGCGGGAGGGUACGCGGUGCCGCUGGACGCUCUGCACUUCUCCGCCUUCGAGGACAGCGCCCUGACGGCGAUGAUGGCGCCAAAGAACUUGUCGCCCUCGCUGCCCGGCGGCCUCCUGCCACCGGGGCAGGAGGAAAGUAGCAAAACUUCGCCGCGGUCGCACAGAAGCGACGGCGAGUUUUCCCCCCGCUCCCAUUACAGCGACUCGGACGAGGCGAGUUAG